AUGUCGAUGCUGGAAGCCUUCUUCGGCAAGGGCGGCGCCGCCGGCGGCGGCGGCUUCCGCGCCGCCAAGUGCAAGACGCUGCUCAAGCUGUCCAUCCCGCGGAUAAAGCUGCUGCGGAACCGCCGGGAGCUGCAGCUGCGCCAGAUGCGCCGGGACAUCGCCAAGCUCCUCGAGGCCGGCCAGGAAGCCACCGCCAGAAUCAGGGUGGAGCACAUCAUCCGGGAGGAGAACAUGAUGGCGGCGCAGGAGAUCCUGGAGCUCUUCUGCGAGCUCGUCGCCGUUCGCCUGCCCAUCAUUGAGCGAGACUGGGAAUGCCCUAUAGAUCUCAAAGAGGCAAUAUCCAGCAUCUGUUUUGCUGCUCCUAGGUGUUCAGAUUUGCCUGAACUGAUGCAAGUCCAAAUGAUGUUUGCGACUAAAUAUGGGAAAGAAUUUGCUGCUGCAGCUGCAGAGCUUAUGCCGGAUUCUGGGGUCAACCGGCAGAUAAUUGAACUACUUUCAAUCCGUCCUCCUCCGGUAGAUAUAAAGAUGAAACUGCUGAAGGAGAUUGCUGAGGAGCAUGAGAUCGACUGGGAUCCAUCAGCAACAGAGACGGAAUAUCUUAAACCCCAUGAAGAUCUAUUGAAUGGACCAACCUACUUCAGUGGUUCAACGCUGCCACUUCCAAAGGAGAAACACGUGGAACCAGUAGUUGCAAGUGCCACUGACGAACCUGGUGAAGAUUAUGAAUCUGAUGGCGGCUUUGACUCACUGGAUUUGCCUGAAGUCCCAAAAGCAGCAAUUCGUCCAGCUUCUGGUACUCAAUCAACCCCAGAUAUUGGUCCACAUGUGCAAAGCUCACAGUCGUCUGCUCAUGAUUUCUCAAACCCACCUGACUUGGAAGAGAAUCCAACAGCUGAUGCUGCUUUCUAUAAUUAUCUGAAAAGUUCAGAACCCCCAGUUUCUCCACAAUCUGCUCAGCCAAGGAUGCCAGCUUUACCAGAUGAAAAGAAGCAAUUUGUUCCUUUUGUCUCUCCCCCACCAUUUGCUUCUGCUUCUUCUUCUACGGAGAGAAGUGACUCGAUUCCCUUAAAUUCUCCUCCAGUGAAGCCAACAGAGCAAGAAUUCUUCACAAGGUCAGUUGAUGAAAUGGCUGCUCCCCAAACACCCAAAGAUGUCAACAUGUUCUCGAAACGUCCAGAACAGGUACAUUCAGUCUCUCCUAUAGAGAGCGGGGAAAAUAUUGAUAUGGAUGAAGUGGUUUCAGCUGCUCAAACAGCUGCUGACUCAGCAGAGCGAGCUGCAUCGGCAGCACGUGCUGCUGCAAACCUUGCGAAACUGUGCAUUGCCGAUCUAAAGAAGAACACUAGGGUUUAUGAGAGCCACAGUGAUGGUAGCCAAAAGGAAAGUCAUCAUCAAACUGAGGUGACGCAGAAGCCGGUAUUUGAUCAUCAGGACUCUUUUUCCAAUGACUUUGAGGGUUAUGCACCAUCUCAUGUGCCUCAGAGAUCAACAUCGUUGGAGGAUGAUCCGUUCUCCUACCCCAACCUGUUCUCGUCGAAGCCUUAA